AUGUCUCAACCUGGUAAAUUACAAGAUUUAUGGGCACUUAGAAAUAAGAGAAUGUAUUUGACAGGAUACUUUAUAAGUUUUGGAUAUUUAGUAUUUAAAUCGUAUGAACAUUUUCAAACAUAUAGAUGGUUAGGAGACAAUUUGGAAGUAUCACAGAGUACUAUGGAUAAAUUUAAGGAAUUAUUUCCAUUAGAUUUUGAAUUAAUUCAAAAAUUGAAACAAACUAGAAAUUUAUCAUUUAACAUAUUUGGACCUACAGCAUUUGGACUGGGUGUUUCAUUCCUUUAUCCAUGGUACUUCAAAACACCACAACUUCAUCACAUUAGUACACAAACAGCUUUUACGAGAGGAUUUAAAGUAAUCUAUUUUUCAGUUGCAUUAUCUUUGGUUUCUGCUUUAUUACCAUUUUUCCAUACUUAUUAUACAGUUGCUUCUAAACAGGUUUGUGAGGAUACAACAUUUAGAUAUCAAGCAUUCUGCAUGUCACAAAAGGAUAAAGAUUGGUCAAAGAAGAUGAUCAUGUCACGUUCAGGUAUCAAACCGCACCCAUAUUCAAAAUUUGAUUAA